UAAUAAGACCCAAUUGUUUGGGGCCAAAUAUUUGCCAAUUAAGUAACUUUAUCUCAUUGACCGCCGUGUAUAUUGUGUAUCUGUGUGUGUCUGAGUGUGUGUGUGUGUUUCUUAUGAAACGCAGAAUUAUACAAUCAAAUUUUUGUUGAAUUCCCAGCCAUAUUAUGUCGGAAUUUGUGCGGCAACAUGGCGAAUAUGUGUGGGUUAAGCCACAGAAUACAACCAGUGAGUUUGCUGUACCAUUUGGCGCCCGUAUCGUUCGCACGGAGAAGACCCAGACUUUGGUCUGUAAUGAUCAAAACAAACAGUUCUGGGUGCCAGCUGGCGAUGUGCUAAAGGCCAUGCAUAUAACAUCUCAGGAGGAUGUGGAGGAUAUGAUAACAUUGGGUGAUCUACAGGAAUAUACCAUAUUACGUAAUCUUCAGACACGUUAUGCCAAAAAGUUGAUUUAUACUUAUACGGGUUCCAUGCUGGUGGCCAUAAAUCCUUAUCAAAUAUUGCCCAUAUAUACGCAUCGUGAGAUUCAAUUAUAUCGCAACAAGAUGCUAAGUGAGCUUCCGCCUCAUAUCUUUGCCAUCAGCGACAAUGCCUUUCAGCGUCUGCAACGACAUAAGGAGAAUCAAUGUGUGGUGAUUAGCGGUGAAUCGGGGGCAGGCAAAACGGAGAGCACCAAAUUGAUUCUACAGUACCUGGCCGCAAUUAGUGGCAAACACUCGUGGAUUGAGCAACAGAUUAUCGAGGCUAAUCCCAUUAUGGAGGCCUUUGGCAAUGCCAAGACCGUGAGAAAUGACAAUUCUUCGCGUUUUGGCAAAUACAUAGAAAUUCGAUUCACACCUGAAGGCGCCAUACAGGGUGCUCGGAUUCAGCAAUAUUUAUUGGAGAAAUCUCGCAUUGUAUUCCAAAGUCGCGAAGAGCGUAAUUAUCAUAUUUUCUAUUGUAUGUUGGCGGGUCUCAGUGAUACAGAACGUCAGCGUCUACAACUUUUGGAGAAGUCGCCAAGUCAGUAUCAUUAUCUAGCUCAGGGUGGUUGUUUUACCUUGCCUGGUAAACAGGAUGCUAAGGAUUUUGCCGAUAUCAGAGCUGCCAUGAAAGUAUUGUCAUUUAAGCCGGAAGAGGUCUGGUCUAUAUUCAGCCUAUUGGCAGCAAUUUUGCACUUGGGAAAUCUCCGAUUUAAAGCCACCGAAGUGGCCAAUCUGGAAGUAGCUGAAUUGGAUGAUGGAAAAAAUCUCCAAAACGUGGCCCAGCUAUUGGGUUUGCCCACAGCACCAUUGAAUGCUGCUCUGACCCAGCGAACCAUCUUUGUCCAUGGUGAGCAUGUGGUCACCAGCCUAGGCAAAGAGGCUGCAGUUGAGGGCCGCGAUGCCUUUGUCAAGAGUCUGUAUGAUGGAAUUUUUGUCCGAAUUGUGCGACGCAUUAAUGAGACCAUCAACAAACAGCCGGAACAUCCUAUGAAUAGCAUUGGCGUGCUAGAUAUAUUCGGUUUUGAGAACUUUGAUAACAAUAGUUUCGAACAGCUUUGCAUUAACUACGCCAAUGAGAACCUUCAGCAGUUCUUUGUUGGACAUAUUUUCAAGAUGGAGCAAGCGGAAUAUCAAAGUGAGCACAUCAAUUGGCAGCACAUUGAGUUCCAGGACAAUCAACAAAUUCUUGAUCUAAUCGGCAUGAAACCCAUCAAUAUUAUGUCUUUGAUUGAUGAAGAAUCUAAAUUUCCUAAAGGAACAGAUCAAACUCUAUUGGAGAAACUUCAUGUCCAGCAUGGCAAUCGUUCCAUCUAUGUCAAGGGCAAAACCACACAGACAUCCCUGUUUGGAAUACGGCAUUAUGCCGGUGUUGUUAUGUACAAUCCAUUGGGUUUCCUUGAAAAGAAUCGUGAUUCAUUUAGCAGUGAUCUACGUUCACUUGUACAGCGAUCGAAAAAUAAAUAUCUCGUGGAUAUCUUUCCCCAAGAGAUGCCCAUGGAUACGACCAAGAAGCAGCCAACAUUAUGUGUGAAAUUCCGCAACUCUUUGGACAUGCUAAUGCGUACUCUAUCCCAGGCGCAUCCAUAUUUCAUCCGAUGCAUUAAGCCAAAUGAGUACAAAGAGCCAAAUAACUUCGAUAAGGAAUUAUGUGUACGGCAAUUGCGCUAUUCGGGCAUGAUGGAAACAGCUCGCAUCCGCCGUGCUGGCUAUCCCAUACGUCAUGAAUACCGUGCCUUUGUGGAUCGGUAUCGUUUGUUGGUGCCACCUACUGGCCCAUUGGAUAAAUGCGAUUGCCGACUCUUGGCCCGUCAAAUCUGCCAGGCUACGCUCUCUGCCGAUGGUGAUCGGCAAUUUGGACGUACUAAGCUAUUUCUGCGCGAUGAAGAUGAUAACUUGCUAGAAACGCAAAGAUCACAGAUGAUGCUGAAGUCGAUUAUAACUAUUCAGCGUGGCAUUCGACGCGUUCUAUUCCGACGAUAUUUGCAGAAAUAUCGCCAAGCUAUUAUCACGGUGCAGAGGUAUUGGCGUGGUCGCUUACAGCGACGUAAGUAUCAGACAAUGCGUCAGGGCUUCCAUCGUUUGGGUGCAUGCAUUGCAGCCCAGCAGCUCACGACCAAAUUCACAAUGGUGCGAAGUAGAACCAUUAAGUUGCAGGCCUUAAGUCGCGGAUAUUUGGCUAGAAAAGAUUUCAAAGGGAAAUUAGAGGCCAGAAAAAUAAAACAAAAGGAAGACCAAAUCAGGGCAGCUCAUUUAAAGAAGGAACAAGAGCUGCAACGUCUUAAAGAGCAAAAGGAGCAAGAGCAAAUGCGACUUAAGCAAAAGUUAGAGGAAGAGCAACGUCUCAAGGCUGAGGCAGCUGCCCGCAAUGCCUUGGCCAUGGCUGCAGUGCAACAACCGAAACGCGUAAAAUCAUUUAAGCAGCCAGAGCAACCGGUGGUGCCGACCCUACAGGCACGAAUGUCGCUACCACCACCUCCACCAGCUGUGAUAGCACCCGUCCCGUUGCCCAAACGUCCAGCUAGCAGUGCCCCAGCUCCCCCAACGAAUGGCUAUACAAAUGGCAAAAUACCCGAGAGUCCUAUGCUAGAUGUGGAAUCUUCGAAACAAAUCGUCGACGACGUAUUUGGCUUCCUCAACGAUGAGCCCGAUGCAGCGCCUCGAAAAAUAAAAAAUAAAAAAAUCAUGGCAAUUGCCACGGGUGGAACAAUUCGAUUGCCAAAAUCGGUAGUCUCAGAGGUGGAUACAUCAGAUUGCAGUUACCUGAAAUAUGCGGCAACCUAUUUCGGAGGAGGGGCCACAGCCCAGCAUGAGAGGAAGCCCCUAAAACAAUCCCUAUUGAAACAUGAGUUGGCCAUAGAUGAGAUGGCCUCCAAGGCCAUUUGGUUGACCAUUCUACGUUUUAUGGGCGAUUUACCAGAGAUGACUGCCAGUUCAUCGACAAGUUCAAAUGUACAUAAUCUAUUCCUGAUGAACGACUUAACGCGUCUGUUGGGCUUAGAUGGAACCACGACUAAGCCCCGCCGCUUUGUACGUCAGAUAAUUAAGCGUCCGAUGAAGCUAAAGGCAAAUGGCAAUAAUCAAUGGAAGGAGGUUGAGGACUUUUAUCAGCAUUGGCUAAAUCUAGCUAGCUCUCCACUGGAUAAAUUACAUUUCAUCAUUGGUCAUGGCAUUUUGAAAGACAAUUUAAGAGAUGAAAUUCUAGCCCAGAUCUGUAAGCAGUUGUAUUUGAAUCCCAGUCGCAAUUCCGUGAGUCGUGGUUGGCUGUUGCUAUCCCUCUGUUUGAGUUGUUUUCCCCCAAGUUCGGACUUUGAGCCCCAUUUACGUAGUUUUAUGAAGACAGGACCUGCCCAAUUGCUGGCAACUCCAGCCAAGGAACGUUUGGAGCGAACUCUUGCCAAUGGAGCUCGCUCUCAACCGCCUGCAUUGAUUGAAUUGCAAGCCCUGCGCAAUCGUCAGCCAUUGAAAUUGGAAAUUUCUCUAAUGGAUGGCCAAGUAAGACGCCUUCAGUUGGAUGCAGCCAGCACAGCCAAAGAGGCCAUACAACAAUUAUGUGAGGAUUUGAAAUUAAAAGAUUCAUUUGGCUUUGGAUUGGUUUUAUCGCUAAAUGAGAAACUUUUUCCAUUGGGAGCUGGCGGAGAACAUGUCUUGGACUUUAUCUCGGCUAGCGAGCAACGUCAAGUGGAUGGAUCAUGGAAACUAUAUCUACGAAAAGAAAUGUUUGCCACCUGGUAUGAUCCUUCAAUUGAUGUACACGCCACUCAUUUGAUAUAUAAACAAAUUAUGCAAGGACUAAAGUGCGGCGAGUAUCGUUGUCGAUCCGAAAAAGAUAUUGCCAUGAUGUGUGCUUUGGCCUGUUUCAUUGAACAUGGCCCAGGCGAUAUUUCUCGACUUGAAGCUUCAGAGAUAACAGCAUUUGUGCCUCACGAUCUAUUGGCCUCAGGAGAGCGAGCCGUAGAGAACUGGCGUCGUCUAAUAGCAACUACCUAUCAACGUAGUUCCUAUAUCAAAGAGCAAAAUAAAUCCGAAUCCCAGCAACGGGCCAAAGAAGAUAUUUGCUUAUUUGUUCACCUUUCGUGGCCCAUUCGCCACUCGCGACUCUUUGAGGUUGUACGAUUGCAGGGACCAAAACUGCAAACUGAUGAACUUAUGUUGGCCAUAAAUGCCACUGGCCUCUUUCUAAUCGAUGAAACUGAACAGAUUUUGGCCUCUUGCAGCUUUGCUGAAUUGCUCAAGGUUCAAUCUAAAGGCAAGGAAGAGCUUCAUAUUCUCACAAUUCAGCAAGAGAACUUUGUCUUCCAAUGUGCCGAGGCACAUGACGUUGCCAAUUUAAUAAACUUUAUAGUGGAGAAUCUCCAGCAACGUUCUAGCUAUGGUGUGGCCGUGGAUAACACCACAACCGAUGAGGAAGACUAUCUAAAACUAAGUCCCGGCGAUCUGAUACAAUUUGAAGCAGGCGUCACUGGCUCACGAAUAAUGGCCAGUGAUGCACAAUUCUGCUGGCAGGGUUGUGUCAAUGGGCAGUGGGGUAAAUUCGCAACUGGAAAUAUACGUGUGCUGGCCACCUUAACCAAACCCAGUUUAAAACUCUUGGAAAUUCUCAAAGAAGGACGUCUAGUAGAACCUCCACAAGCGAGUCCUAGAAAUCAUGUUCCAACGAAGCGACGUCAACAUAAUAUUUCUCAACUGGCUGAGACUCAAUUUAGAGAGCCGUUGGAAUCUGAAACAAGCCCAUUGUGGAGUUAUGGUAGAACACCUUUGAAGGCUCCUCUACUGAAAUCUCUGGGAUCGAAACCGCAACUAUUUCAGCAGGCUUUGGUCAUCUAUCAUCACAUACUCAAGUAUAUGGGUGAAAUAGCCAGGGGAAAUCUUCCUGUGAACACAGAUCUAAUAUUUCAGCCUCCAUUGCAGCAUACGCUACUCUGCGAUGAGCUUUAUUGUCAGCUAAUGAAACAGUUGAUCGAUAAUCCAUCACUGGAGAGUGAGCAACGUGGCUGGGAUUUGCUAUACCUGGCUACUGGACUAAUGGCUCCAAGUGUUUUCAUUAUGCGAGAACUCAUUAUACUUCUUCGUUUACGUUCGGAUGCUUUGGCUGAUGCCUGUCUAAAACGUCUCAAAAAAACCCUUCAACAUGGUCAGCGCAAGCAUGCGCCACAUCUCAUCGAGGUGGAAGGCAUACAACAGCGUUGCAUGCAUAUCUAUCACAAGGUCUAUUUUCCUGACAAUACUGUUGAGGCCUUCGAGAUUGAAUCGCAUACAAGAGGAGCAGCUCUCAUUAAGGAAAUAACUAACCGCUUGGAACUAAAGUCCGAUGUGGGUUACAGUGUAUUUCUAAAGACUGGCGAGAAGGUUUACGCCAUGCCGGAGACGGAAUUUGUAUUUGAUUUCAUCAGUCAGCUACUUUUUUGGCAACGCCAUCAGAAGACCCUACGGGCUAGUUGCGAUGGUCACUAUCAAUUACAUUUUAUGCGCAAACUUUGGCUUAACAAUCAACCAGGCGAGGAUUCGAAUGGAGAUUUAAUUUUCACCUAUCCCCAAGAGUUGCAUAAAUAUCUCAAGGGUUAUUAUCCCAUAGAUUGUGAGCAGGCCUCACAUCUGGCGGCUCUCAUUUAUCGAGCUGAGGUGGAUCAUGACAUAGGACUUCAACGAUUGGGCGAUGCCUUACCACGUAUUGUGCCAGAAGAUUUGCUACCACUACAAACUCUUGCUGAAUGGCGACAACAACUUUUACCCCUUUUAAAUUUACAUCAGCAACUUGGCGAAGAUCAGGUUAAAUUUAUGUUUCUUAAUGAGCUUGCUAAGCAGCAUUCCUUUGGUUCCACAUUUUUCACUGUGAAGCAAUUGAAUAAUGAAUCUUUACCCGAAAACCUAUUGAUAGCAAUUAAUAGUUCGGGAUUCCAUGUGCUUGAUACGCAGACAAAGCAACCUAUUUUAAGCUAUGACUACAAUCAGUUGGGCAUAUGGAGUUCGGGUAAAAAUCAUUUUCAUAUACGUUUCGGCAACAUGAUUGGCGCCUCAAAAUUACUUUGUAGCACCAGUCAGGGAUAUAAAAUGGACGAUCUGCUUGCCUCCUAUAUGAAAAGUUUUAAUGAAUGAAUUGAAAUA